UCCUAUCCAACCGCAAAACAAAUUAACCUCAAAAAUUCAACGCUUUGAAAUGGAUCUCACGGUAAACUUUAAAGGCGGCGGAUCGUUUGUCCAUAUCCGUCCGGUAUUUUCGUCCAACGCAGAGCACCUUUUUUUGGCAUCCAAAAAUGCAAUAUUCGAAUACAGUACCAAAACGGGCAGUUUAUUGUACAAAUAUCAAGGUAUCAAAGAUGACAUCGUCGGUUUCGAUCGUAUUACCGUCGACAAUUUCGAUUGUAUAUUGGCUUGUUCUAAAACCAAACAGUUGAUUAUGUGGAAAGCCGAUACUACCAAUAAAACAAAGAUUUUUGAAACACAAAUUAAAACUAAAGGGAAUGAGAUUCAAAGGUUCCACCUAAUGUCUAAUCGUUUAAAUAAAGAUAUACAGGUUCUCAUAUCUUAUUCGGACUCUAAUAAUGGCUCACUUGGUUAUUAUGUUCGGUUCAAACUAAUCAAUAUUACAACGGGCGAGAGAAAGUUGUUGAAUUUCAAAUUAAAGAUAUCGCAGCCUUAUGAUGUGGACAUAUGUGCAGGAAAGUAUUUUGCUCUCGUUCAAGGAGGGACGGUGUAUUUUGUCAGUCUCUCUACCUUAACACAUAAAUGGUACAAUAUGGCGGAACACAACCGAAAAUUCAUGUGCGUAACAUGUCACCCCACGGAGGAGGUUGUUUUGACAGGUGACGAUACAGGCCGCGUUGUCGUCUGGCAAAACAUAUUUUCCAACCAAAAAACGCAGGCGGUCUUUCACUGGCAUACCUUAGCUGUCAACUGUGUUGGGUUCUCGCCGCAGGGCAGUUACUUUUACAGCGGCGCAGACGAAUGUGUCCUGGUAAAGUGGGAUUUUAACAAUAUCCACAACAGAUCGUUUCUGCCGCGUCUCCCCGCCGGGAUUACCCAGAUAGCACCGUCUGACAAUGGCGCGUUUGUGGCGGUCGCUACUUCCGAUAAUGCUGUCAGGAUUGUAGACUCUGCCAUGAACGAGGUAGCUCUAAUUCAGCAGUUAGUUUUGGGGACGCAGUUUGAGUGCGGCAUCGUAUACGACCAGGUCACGAGAGCCCUAGUUAUGAACGGUAAUGUGGGCUGUGUCCAAUUUUACUCACCCGAAGAUAUGACGCUUUUAUAUAAUAUCGAUAUAGUGCAGCAAAACAAAAUAACCGACGAGCGCGGCUGCAGGAUGGAGAACACCGACGUGCGGAAGGUCGCCUUGAGCGAUGACCGUUGUUGGAUGGCGACGGUGGAGGAGAGACGUGACGGGAAUGAUUGUCAAGAAAUCCGGUUGAAGUACUGGCGAUUCGACGCGGAAAAACAGACUUACGGGUUAAACACGUCCAUCGAGUACCCGCACGAUACAUCCAUAAUGGAUGUCGCGUUCCGGCCCGACUUACGGCGUCGCGACGAUGCCACGACUUGUGUUACCGUCGGCGGGGACGCCAAAUUUAAGGCGUGGCAGGUGGACCGAGUUACGACAACGUAUAAGGACAGUCUCGUGUGGAAGUGCUACUAUGUCGGUCGGUACCGCGACCUCGACUGCAAAGGUCUGUGCUUCUCGAUCGACGGGUCGUUAAUGGCGGUCGGUUUCGGGCCCAUACUAACUGUCUGGUCACCGGAUUCGGGCGAUCUGAAGUGCUCGCUCGUGCAUCCGAUUCACAAGGCAAAAAUCACUCGCGUCCAGUUCGGCAGAGGUAACCAGUGCCAUCUGGUGGCCGCCGCUGGGCUCGCUCAAGUCGCCGUUUGGAACCUGCUGACCUUAUCCAUGGUUUGGGUUGUUGCCCUCAAGCACGUAUCCCUUUUGUUGGCCGACCCAUUGUCGACGCAUAUGGCCGUCAUCACGGCCGACAAUAAAGUGUACGUGUUCGAGCCGGCGUCGCCGAAACCUGUGUACGCGAGUCGCCAUCUUUUGGCGGACAAGGACACCGUAAUCGCGGCCGCCUUCGUUCCCGGCAGAUUCGGCAACGACACGCGCCUGUCGUGGUACGAAAGAUCGAACCUAUAUUUCGUGACGUCACGAAAGGAAUUGUACAACGUAAGCAUGAACGAGGAGGCGUUCGAAUAUGACGAGGAGGAGAAAGAGGAGGCGAUUAAUGACGAAGAACCGUCGUUUUUCAGGAAAACGUUGCCCACGACCAGAAGCGCAGGACUCGGGCUGGCGGCGCCCAAACGUCACGCUUUCUUGGAGGACCCGGCCAGGAAGAACCUUCACGAGUAUUUAGAGUCGCCAUUGCAAACCCUGCCUCCCAUACGUUUCCUGUGCGCGUCCCUGUUGAAGUCUUUGGUGUUGCGAAAAGAAACGCCGAACUAGAUGGUUUUUAUUAAAUAGAUGGAAAUUUUGUUUUACCUUGCAUUUUUUUCUCUGUGUUGGAAGUGCUAUCUACAGGUCGGCGAUAAAACAUCACGAAAGAAGAAACAGUCAGUUUAGCGUGAGCAUGUGUCGAUGCCAGCGAUGUCACUUAGCAAAUAUAAAAUAGAUAUAUAGAGGCUCUACUUACGCUGAUAAUACAGAACAUUCUGAAGCAACCAUGAAAAAGAUGUCAUUUUAUAUGCGCAUGCGCGCUCAUUUCAAAUCCUAUUUUCAACCAGGCGGUCCACCGUAAAUAUUUUUUUAACUUUGGUUAGUUUUGGUAACCGCCUUAGUCAUGCAAAACGGCGGUCUACCCUGGAGGCAGUUAAUUUUUUUCAAAUGGUUGGUUUUGGUAAUUGCCUUAUUAAUGCAAUCUGGUUGGUUGGUUGUUUUUGGUUAGUGUUGGUUAUUGCCUUGGUGAUGCCAAGCCGUAGAAGGCUCGCUCCCAACCAAUAAAACCAAUGUGGUCGCCCGUCAAUACAUAAUUAUUUAAUUAAAUAAAAGUUUUUUAAAAGUUUCAUUCUUUGGAUACGUAUACACGUGAUAAUCGGUGUCAGAUGCGUCAUGUGCUGCAGGUUGUCGUGCUCAUCAGUUAUAUACCUGGGCACAAUCUUCAGGCACAGCAUACCAUAAACUACCUCACACUAACUCGCUUAUAGUUACUUUGUUUUUU